AUGUUCUCGUUUACGCCGUUGCAACCGCCUCGAAAGAGACUGGCGUCGACUGCGGCCGUGCCGGUGUCCAGUGCCACGCUGAUUACGGCAGAUUCGGCCGCAGGGUCGUCGGCCUCGCUUGCUCAGGUUCACCAGUCGUUGCUGACGUUUCCUCCAAAUAUCAAAAUGCUCGUUGAUGUGGGCUGGAACGCUGAUUUGUCAAUGGAUUUGGACUAUCUUAUUAAUCUGGCUCCUUCGAUUGAUAUUAUUCUGCUGACUCAUGCUACAAUCUCUCAUUUGGGAGCGUUUUGCUAUUUAUACAAAAUGGUGCCGGAACUCGCUUCUAUUCCAAUUUACGCUACAAUGCCGGUUAUUAAUAUGGGUCGUAUGAUCACAAUUGAUGCGUAUCGUAGUGCUGGUCUUCUGGGUCCGUUUUCUGCUGCGGGUAAUAGUAAUGCUAAUGGAAAUGCUAAUGGUAAUGGUGCGAAUGUGCUGUUGACUCUGGCUGAUGUGGAUAAUGCGUUUGAUCGGAUUCAGUCGUUGAAAUAUUCACAGCCGUUGGCUCUUCCGGGAAAGCUACAGGGUCUGACAAUAACUGCACACAAUGCUGGCCAUACUUUGGGAGGAACCAUCUGGAGAAUUCAGAAAGAUCAAGAGGAUGUGUUAUAUGCAGUAGACUGGAACCAUUCUAGAGACUCGCUGCUGAAUGGUGCUCUGUUACAGCAAGACGGUAAACUGGUCGAGUCGUUGAGUCGACCGUCAUUAAUGAUUUGUGGAUCCAAGGUCACGAGCACGGGUCUGCCGUUGAAAUUCAGAAAAGAUUUGCUGCUUCGACAGAUCCGUGAUACAAUUGAUCGUGGCGGUAGUGUGUUGAUUCCCACGUCUAGUGCCGCAAGAAUGCUGGAAUUAGUCACUAUUCUAGACGGAUUCUGGACCGAUAUGAGUCGAGACCCUCUGUCGUCAAUUCCGCUUAUUUAUUAUUCUCACGUAGGUACUCGUACCAUGUCAUAUGCGUCGUCCAUGAUCGAAUGGAUGUCGUCAACUGUCAUCAAUCAAUGGGAGUCCCAGACUAAUACUCCGUUUGAAACGAGACAUGUUACUUAUACCUGUGACUUAAAAGACAUUUCUACAGACAAACCACGGGUGAUUGUAGCGUCUGGAGAAGCUCUUGAAGUUGGAUUUGCUCGAUCUAUCUUUGCCAAAUUGUGCUCGGAUGAGAGGAAUACGGUAAUUCUCACUGAGAAUUCGGGUCCUGGUACUUUGAGUGGUGAGUUGUAUGAUUACUGGUUCAAACAGCAAGACUCUUCAAACGACAGAUCAACGGCUUCAUUAGCAAUGAAAUUACAAAUUACAUAUCCUACUGAAUUUCCUUUGGAAGGAGAGGAGUUGGCUCAGUAUAAUGAGGUUAUUCGCGAAGCACAGCGAAAAGAAGAGCUUCAAAAUGCAAUUGAGCUGCGAAACCAGAAUAUUCUCGAGCAAGAAGAAAGCGAAGAGUCGUCAGAUGAAGAGGACGAUAUGGUGCUGACUGGACAAAUGGAUCUCAGUAUUCUUAUCUAUGGUAAGGAUGUAUAUGAUUACGAUGUGAGACAACUCAAAGGCAAGAACCGAAUGUUCCCCUUUGCUCAAAAACGACGACGUGUCGAUGACUAUGGUGACGUUAUUCGCAGUGAUGAUUUUGUCAGAGUCGUAGAAAAGACAGAGUCCGAGAGUAAUAGUGGUGGACGUGGUAAAUCACGAAUGGGCGGUAAACGUGGAUGGAACAACGAAGGAAACGGGAAAAACAAAAAUAACAAUCAAGAAGACGAGGGUCCUGGUAGGGGCAAGAGCAAUGUAGAUAGACAGGCCGAUAACUUGGCGCCAUCACUCAUCAUACCGGUGAAAAUCGUGCCUACUACAGAAGAAAUAACUGCUCUCUGCUCCAUAGACUUUAUUGACUUUGAAGGCCUGACGGACGAGCGGUCAUUGAAGAUGAUAAUCCCUCUUAUUCAACCUAAAAAACUCAUCAUGAUCCCAUCGAAUGAUGAAAACAGCUCGACAAAACUAUAUGAAUCUCUGGCACAAGUAAUUCCCGCCAACGGUAUAUUCACAGCCACUGCUAAUGAGGCCAUCAAUGCAAGUAUCAACAGUUUUGCAUUUAAUGUUAAGAUUUCUCCCGAAUUGGAAGGUCUUCUUAGUUGGCAGAAGAUUCUCGGUGAUUACUCUGUUGCACAUAUCACCGGUCGUCUGGUAAUCAAAGACAAUGAAGAGGCUGAACAAACACCAGCAGAAGGUGUCAAACUACUCAAAGCAGAAGACAGUUCAAUGGAGGUAGAUGACAAAGAGGUGGUGGAAAUUGAUAAAGACGAAGAUAUGAAAGAUGAAAAAGAACAGGAAACAGCGAAAUUAGAUUUAGACUUGCCACUUCUUAAAGCCAAUUCGACCACCAGCAAAGAAAUCACUAUUGUGCCGCUUCAAACUGCGUUAGAGUUGGCAGCAGCACCAAGAUCGAAUCCCUUGCUGGUAGGAGAUAUCAAACUUGCCGAGUUGAAGAAGCGAUUAAUUGCACAAGGACAUAGAGCAGAAUUCAGAGCUGAAGGUAUUCUUGUAUGCGAUGAGAAGGUUGCUGUCCGCAAAAUUGCUGAAGGCAGACUCAUUAUUGAGGGCGGUAUCGAAAAGGAGUUUUAUCAAACUAGGAAUCUCAUUAGAUCUUUACUUGCAACUGUCUAG